GAUGGGAAGCCUCAGGAAGAAGAUCGAUUAGGCUGCUGCAUUAUCUGCAGCUAUCUGUUAUACAUCACUAUACGUUAUGCAUCAUCUAUCCGACUGACUUUGUUAAGCCAAGCGACCGCAGCUUUCCUUUCCUUUUCAUGUUCUCUGGCUGUAAACCGAUUUUCCGCAACUGAAAACGUCCUUGCUAGUUUCAGUGGCAGUCAACCCGCCUGUCGAGUCUUGCACAGCGAACCGUAGAUGGCGCGCGCCCAACUCGGUGUUUUUAUUCGGUGGACAGGAGGAAACAGGGGCUCGCAGGGUGUCCCCACCACUCCUCCGUGAGAUGCGCCAGAGAGCUCGCGGGAGGAGAGAGAGAGAGAAGAGGGUUGACAGUGGCGUCGCAUCCGUCAUUCUUCUCCUUCAGAAUCCCUGAAAACUUAAAACGCAGAGGGGAGAUGGGAUCCUGUCUCUGAGUACUUCAUCCCUCCAUUCAACUGUUCCUCUUCUCAACCCUCCUUCCUGUCCUGUCCUGGUCUGGUGUGGUCUGGUGUGCAGCCUCAGGGAGCUGUGGUUCUGAUGAGAGCUCUGGAAGGUAAAGCCAGAGAGAGGAGCACAGAGAACCUGCUAUGGCCAGCGCAGCAGACGGUGUAGGGAGCCUGGGGGUGGAGCAUCACCUCAGUGUCCAUGAUCACGUGGUUAAUGACCACGGAGCCUGGGCCACCGCCAUGAACAACCUGGGCAUCGUACCCAUGGGUCUCAGCGGGCAGCAACUGGUCUCAGAUUCUCUCUGUAUCCAGGGCUUUGACCCAGGUUUGGGUCUCCUAGCUCCCAUCAACCCCAUGAUUGCAGGUAUCAGCCUGGUCCAUCCUCCCCCUGGUCCCCCUGAGAUGCCCAUCAUCAAGGAGAUCAUCCACUGCCAGAGCUGUACCCUGUUCCCUCAGAACCCCAACCUGCCUCCUCCGUCAACACGGGAGCGGCCCCCAGGGUGUAAGACGGUGUUUGUGGGGGGUCUGCCGGAGAAUGCUAGCGAGGAGAUCGUCAGGGAGGUGUUUGAUCAGUGUGGUGAGAUCAUCGCUAUCAGGAAGAGCAAGAAGAACUUCUGUCACAUCCGCUUCAGUGAGGAGUUCAUGGUGGACAAGUCCCUCUACCUCUCUGGUCAGGUACGGAUGCGUAUCCGCUCCAGUACAGAUAAGAAGGACUCAGGGAGGAUGCACGUGGACUUUGCUCAGGCCAGAGACGACCUGUAUGAGUGGGAAUGUCAACAGAGGCUGCUGGCCAGGGAGGAACGACACCGACGCAAGAUCCACGAAGACUUCCUCCGUCCACCCUCGCCACCUCCCAUCAUGCAUUUCUCCGAGCAUGAGGCGGGACAGCUGGCGGAGAGAUUGAAAGAUGACCAUACGUUCAGUGAGGCGACUGCGGUCCUGUUCACGUGGAUCGACCGUGGUGAGGUCAACCGGCGGUCGGCCAAUAACUUCUAUUCUAUGAUCCAGUCGGCCAAUAGCCACGUCCGGAGGCUGAUGAGUGAGAAGGCCCAGCACGAGGAGGAGAUGGAGCUAGCCAAGGAGACGUUUAAAAAUGCCCUGCUGGCCAUAUUGACUCAGUUCGAGCAGAUCACGGCUGUGUUCACCGCUGCCUCCAGGCAGAAGGCAUGGGACCAUUUCUCUAAAGCGCAGCGCAAGAACAUAGACAUUUGGAGAAAGCAGUGUGAGGAGCUGAGGAAUGCCCACAGUGAGGAGAUCAUGGGGAUUCGCCGGGAGGAGGAGAUGGAGAUGUCUGACGACGACUCGGAUGAGAGCCCCUGUAAGAAGAUACGCAUGGAGGAAAAUGGUGUGUGUGUGGGCCAGUCUGGGGCCUCUCUGAGGGAGGAGAAUGACUCUCUGCGUUGGCAGCGAGCCUACAGGAAUGAGGUGGAGCUGCUGAGGAAGGAGCAAGGCAAGGCUUGCCGCCCUUACGACCCUGAACACUUCCCGACACACCACACACACCUGGUGCAGCAGAACAUGCACAACAUGCAACAGCAACUGCUGAGUCUGCAGGAGCAGCUGCGGAGUAAGGAGGUGGUGCUGGAGCAGGCUAGAGACGAGCACAGAUACCUGCAGGGAGAAGUUCUAGCCCUGAGAGACAAGAUGCUGACUAAUGGGGAUGUAGUGGAGGGGAACAACGGAGAAAACCUGAGAAGGUCCGUAGUGAACGGGUGUGUGACCACUCUGUACCGCAGCAGAGACAGGAGGAGUGAAGCAGCCAUGAGAGGAGCCCUCACAUCAGAGAGAGAGGCUCUGCUACUGGGCAUCAUAUCUACCUUCCUCCAUGUCCACCCGUUUGGAGCCAACAUCGACUAUCUGUGGUCCUACAUCCAGAGACUGGACACUACGGUGUCAGCGGGGGAGUUGGAGUCUCUGAUGGGUCGUCUGCCCAGUGUCUUCAGACAGGAGCUGAGUGGAGUGGGAGCCACGCUGGAGAAACGAUGGAAGUUCUGUGGCUUCCAGAGCCUCAGCUCCGUGUGACACAGGGACCCACUCACACACACACACUGUAUGGAACAGGACACACACACAUCGGAUGACCCAGGACACACACACGGCCUGAAAGACCACAUGUGGGACAGAAACAUACACGCUUCCUGACCAGCCUCAAAACCUGGUGGACACAUGAAUAGAAGGCGUGUCAAAUCCACAGACUGUUCGAAUGGUGUGUGUGUAUGUUGCGUAUCCACAGACAUCAACAGUGCAUAGUGAUAAUACUCAAACACAAACAGACACAGGACAAGAACAAAAGCUACAAGAUCCCCUGAUGGAUCUUUCAGA